AUGCGACACGAGUAUGCGCAGAUUGAGCGGUUCACAUGACGUCAGCAGACUGGAACCGGCGCUGAGCCACGUCCUUUGCAGAUGGAGAAGAGGAUGAGGUUGUUACUGGUCACGGCGUGCUGUCUGCUCCUUGCUGCCGCCAGGGCCGAGGAUGGCGCAAGGCUUCUGGCCUCCAAGUCCCUGUUGAACAAUUAUGCCGUGGAAGGGAGAGACCUGACUCUGCAGUACAGCAUCUACAAUGUCGGCUCCAGUGCUGCACUGGACGUGGAGCUCAGCGAUGACUCAUUCCCACCCGAGGACUUCGGAAUAGUAUCUGGAAUGUUGACAGUGAAAUGGGACCGAAUCGCUCCAGCCAGUAAUGUCACGCACACGGUGGUGCUGCGGCCCCUGAAGGCUGGCUACUUCAACUUCACCUCGGCAACUGUUUCCUACCUGGCCCAGGAAGGUGGCCCGGUGCUGAUGGGUUACACCAGUGCUCCAGGACAAGGUGGCAUCCUAGCACAGCGAGAGUUUGACCGGCGCUUCUCUCCUCAUUUUCUGGACUGGGCGGCGUUUGGGGUCAUGACUCUCCCUUCCAUCGGCAUCCCCCUGCUGCUCUGGUACUCGAGCAAGAGGAAGUACGAUACGGCCAAGUCCAAGAAGAACUGAGCUUAACUGGAUCGUCAGAAGAGGCUCCUCUCCCUGUUGUACGCGACUGUGAUAGAUUUGACCAGCAGACCCGCUCUCCAACUCUCUCCCUAUUACAGUGACACACCGCUUGGCUUCAUUUAUCAGCUCCCAUUUCCCUUGUGUUUCAAUUUUAAGACUUUUGGUCAUAACACCUAUUUCUCUACAACAAAUUCCAAGAUUUUUUUAAGAGGAGAGCAUUGCAGGAUCUUGAAAGAAUUCUCAUCCAAAAACAAGCAGAAGGGUGGGGUUCAGUUCUGUAGAACAUUGCUUAGGAGGUCAAAUACUUUGCUCAGUUGGUACAACAGGGUGACCUGUGUGCAUUGUACAUUUGAGCGGUUUUUUUUUAAUAAAACCACUUUAAAAUUAAA